AUGUUCCAUGAGCUCUAUCGUAGCAAACCAGCACCAAAUGUUGCCCUUAAGCUGGAUAUGGCGAAAGCCUACGACCGGGUUCAGUGGCCCUUUCUGUCCAAAGUACUUAAGCAAAUGGGCUUUCCCGAGCCGUGGAUCAAUAUGGUGGAGAGAUGCAUAGGCUAUUGUUGGUUCUCGGUCUGGUUAAUGGUGCGCUCACGGGAUUCUUUAAGUCUACUAGAGGGUUGCGACAGGGAAACCCCAUCUCACCGGCCCUGUUCGUUAAUUGCCGCCGACUACUUAUCUAGAGCCCUCGACAAUUUGAUCCUUGGGAGGAAAGAAAUGACUUUCAAAUCUACCCGGGCAAGCACUGAGGUUAGUCACCUUGCUUACGUGGAUGACAUCAUUAUCUUCACUCAAGCGGCCGUCGGACCCAUAGGACAAUUGAAAGCUUACCUUGAUGAUUACACGGCUGUCUCGGGUCAGUUGAUAAACCUAACGAAGAGCAACUUUUUCAUCACGGAGAACAAUGAAGGACAUGCGGCCAUUGUAGAAACAGAAGAGGGAUUCUCUAGAGGUACGUUCCCCCUCCUUAUCUUGGAGUCCCCAUUUAUAAAGGUGCGAAGCGAACGGACAUGUUCCUUUUCCUCCGAGAAAAAAUCUCAAAACGGAUCACGGGAUGGGCCCACCGCCACCUCUCAUUCGGUGGGAGGCUUACUCUCAUCAAGAGUACACUUGAAGCUAUUCCGAUCCAUGUAUUUCAAGCCAUCUAGCCGACCAAAGGGGCCCUCAAGCUUCUCGAGCAACAAAUUGCACGCUUCUUAUGGGGAUCGGUUGAAGGGAAAAGAAAGAAAGACUCACUGGAUUGGUUGGGAGCAAGUUUGCCUCCCCACAGCGGAAGGCGGGCUAGGGAUCAGAUGCUUUGAAGAUGUCCUCAAGGCCUUCAAUAUCAAGCUAUGGUGGAGGUUUAGGGAACAUAAUUCUCUUUGGGCCACCCACUUAUAUAGCAAAUAUUGCACCAAGAAAGUCCCCUUUGACUGGAGAAGUCUCGGGCAGAAGCAGCCCAACAUGGAGGAGAUUGGCUUCGGCAUGGCCAUUGGCCCAGGCCCAUAUCCGGUGGAUCAUUGGUGA